CGAGUCGAUGUCCACAGAGAGCCGGCGCGACAUGUCAUCACCCGAACUCAACGAGCCAGGCGACUACAAUGCCAGUUUCAGCAGCUUAUUCCUAGCACCUCUCAGCAGGGACGUUGCUCCUUCAUAUGCUCCCCCGGACGCUGAGCCCCUCGAUUCAGAAUUUGGUAUGGAUGUCGAUAAUCGCGCGACCCCAGUCCAAGAUUCGAUUUCCUACACGCGGCCCGAGAAUGGUGCGAGACCUUCACGUGCGCAAACUUCCGUGCCUGCCGACACAGCGCCCCCCGAAUGGUCAUCUAAGCAGUCCUCCGAUGCCUCGAUUGAACUAUUCUACAGUAGCUUUGCGCAGCCACUGUCUCUACCGGAAGCUCAAGCUCGUAGCCUUAAUUUCGGUAGACCCCCUACACAGGACGUCAUAGCGAAAAUCAUUCUGCGUCGUAGGCGCGAUAACGGUUCGUUCCUGACGGAGUUGGACGAUGAUGUUACCGAUUUUGUCCCCCCGACGACUGGAUUUGAAAAAGUGGACGAACUUUCACGCAUGUACUAUAACUUCAGACCGAUUUACAAUCCACUCCGCGGAACCUGUCCGCCUUUGUCGUUUGUGUAUCCCAUGCGCGUCGUUCUCGAUGUCCAACAACAUCUGAAAGACCCGAGGAAUGUCGUCUUCCCGCCGCCGGUCCCAAUUAACAUUCUCUCUCUAUUGGACUAUUCUGGGCCUAACCGUAUCGUACAAGGUGAAGAUGGUUGGGCGUUUGUCUCUCCGAAAAAAAUGACUGUCUGGAAAACCGUUCUCGAGCGGGGCGUCGACAAGCAUUACAGGCCGCUUUUCCAUGAACCAGCUGUCCGGGAAGUCACGACAGACCGUUACCGUUAUGGCACGGCGACCUACAGCGCUCGAUCAAUCGUCACUUCGGAUUUUGGGGUCAACUUAUUUCGCCAGUUGCCUAGGUCGCGCACGUCUUCCCGUACCGAAAUUCUGGUGGAGUAUCUUGGCAUGUAUGUGAUGCGCUAUGUGGACAACAUGAUGGUGACGCCAGAGGGCCCGCAUUUGGUCUCGGAAGAGAACAUGAACAGGACAUACCACGACCUGGCUCCAAGUCUGUUAGUAGCAUCCAAACCAAACAUGGAACCCCCGUUCGUGAUAUUUUCGUACGUCAAAUUUGACAAGAAUUUAAUUGGAUGCGUCGAUGGAGCGG